ACGAACAAGCGGAUUCUAAAAUAAACUAAUUCAUUCUAAUGAAUCAUCUUUUUUUAAUUCAGAUUCUUCACAACCCUACAACAAGAUGCGGCACAUAGGCAUACUAUUACUCUUUCUAUGCUUGUUAUUAAUCUACGGUGUGUCUGAUACAGAUACGGAUGAAUCUGAGCCUGCGUCAGUGAUGGAGGGAGAUUCUGUUACUCUACACACUAAUCUUACUGAAAUACGGAACGAUGAUACCAUACUGUGGCUGUUUGGACCUAAAGAUUCUGUCAUAUCUCAAAUAACGAGAAAGGACGACUUGACUCCAGUUUAUUUUACUGAUGAUGAGAGAUUCAGAGGCAGAUUACAGGUGGACCAAAAGACUGGAUCUCUCACCGUCAGAAACACCAGACUCAGACACUCGGGACAAUAUAAACUCUACAUCUCUAGAAAAAAGACUACGACAAAGAUAUUUAAUGUUACUGUCACUGUUGUGGUUGGUGAGAUAGAUGGACUGAAGUUACUGUCAGUGUCAGUGAUGGAGGGAGAGUCUGUCACUCUAAACACUGAUGCUGAAAUGCACAAAGAUGAUCUGAUGCUGUGGAGGUUUGGAGAUAAAGGAAUUCUCCUGGCUAAAAUUGAUGUGGAAACUAAAGAGACCUCAUUAAACGAUGCUGAUGAGAGAUUCAGAGACCGACUGAAACUGGAUCAAACUGGAUCUCUGACUAUCACUAACACUAGAACCACAGACACUGGACUUUAUGAACUACAGAUCAGAGGCCGUGAGAGCUCGCAGCGAUUCCUUCUUUCUGUCAAUGCUGUCCCAGAUCCAGGUCUUUCUUCGGGUGCAAUAGCAGGAAUAUGUUUUGGUGUUUUAGUUGCUGUUCUUCUGUUCGCAGCUGCUUUUAUUUACUACCGCUGGAGGAUCUCUAAAUUAAAAAAGCAAAUGGGUCAGUAUUAUACCGGUAUACUUCAAACAGUAUCUGCAUCUCCUGCAAACUUUCUAAAACUGGAGGAUGGCUGGGGACACUGGUCUGCAGAGUUUAGCUUCAACCCUAAUUAA